UGUUUCGAGAUGUUCCCCCGCUCGAGUGUGUGUAGACUCGGGUGGAGAAGCGUGAGAUUGAGCAGGAAAGCCACUCGUGCAGCUGCUUCUGCGCAGACGCUGCGCCGCUACAGCACUGAUGUGUGUGAACGGGAUCGCAGCUUGUUUGGGCUUCUGUUUGACAUCGACGGGGUGCUGGUACGUGGACGCACGCCCAUCCCUGCAGCCAAACAGUGUUUCAGGAACCUGGUGGACGGCGACGGAAAAUACAAGGUUCCCGUGGUGUUUGUGACGAAUGCGGGAAACUCUCUCCGAGAAACCAAGGCCGAGCAGCUGUCUCACCUUCUGGAGGUCGAGGUGUCGGCAGACCAGGUGGUGCUGUCCCACAGUCCUCUGCGGGUUUUCACUCAGUUCCAUGAGCUGUGUGUGCUGGUGUCCGGACAGGGGCCCGUGGUGGAGGUUGCACACAAUGUAGGUUUCAAGAACGUUGUGACCAUUGACAUGCUCAGGGAGGCCAAUCCUCUCCUGGAUGUAGUGGAUCACAAUCGCAGACCCAAAGACAUGAUUCCCCCGUCUAAGGAUUUGCCACCAAUAGAUGCUGUCGUCCUGUUCGGUGAGCCUGUCAGGUGGGAGACCAACUUACAGCUGAUCACUGAUGUGCUCUUGACCAAUGGGAGGCCAGGAAACCCCGUGACAUCACUGCAUUACCCACACAUCCCUGUGCUGGCCUGCAACAUGGAUCUGCUGUGGAUGGCCGAAGCCAAAAACCCUCGAUUCGGUCACGGCAUGUUCCUUGUGUGCCUGGAGAGCAUCUAUAAGAAGAUAACAGGCUGUGAGCUAAAGUACGAGGCUCUGAUCGGGAAGCCCAGCGUUGUGACUUACAACUAUGCUGAACUGCUCAUUAGAAAACAAGCUGAGCAACUGGGCUGGACUCGACCAGUCGAGAGACUUUACGCCAUUGGUGACAACCCAAUGGCUGAUAUUUAUGGUGCAAACCUGUACAACCGCUACCUCAAAGCAAUGCAUCACACCCGUGCACAGGUGCAGGCGCAGGGCGGCUCGAGCAGCCAGGUGACCAGCGACCUGCAGUGCGACGCAUCCGACGAUGCCAAGCACUCCGGACGGGUGAUGGUGGGAGGCUCGUUCGAUCACCGUCUGCCCGAAGGCUGCAGCUCCAUCCUGGUCUGUACGGGCGUCUACAACCACGAUCAGCAGGACUUGCCCUCCGACCCGGAGCAGACGGUCACGGAGCAGCAGAUUUUCCACGGUCACCGGGACUUCCGCUUCGACCCCAGCCUGACCCAGCCUUCCUUUGUCGUCCAUGACGUUCGGGAUGGAGUGGAGUUGGUCUUCCAGCUGGAGGGUUGGUCACUGCAGUAAAUCAUCAAAUAUUAUGCCAUAUCUACAUGCGAUGCAUCACGACUUGUCUUAUCGAAAUCAAUCCUGAUUAUAAUUCCUGUCUACACAGGAAGUGUCCAUUGCGACUUCAGAUUUUUCUAUUUUUGUUUGUUGCGUCUUUUGAUUAAUUUUGAGAGCUAUUUGAGCCAUUUUACUUUUCCUGUCAGUCUGAAAUGAUUUUACUUACAAAUAUCAAAUAUGUGACCCUGGACCACAAAACCAGUCAUAAGGGUCAAUUUU